AUGAACGCCCCUCUCGUAGCGGACCUACGCGAGGACAUGGACCUGGACUGCCACUUUGACAUGGGCACCGAGGAAUUGUAUGCCGUCAAGUGGUACAAGGACGACCACGAGUUCUUCAGGUACAUGCCGCGCAGAAAACCAAACACGAUGUUAUUUCCGGUAGCAGGCGUGCAUUUAGCCUCCGCUGGGACGGAUUGUAGUCAAACUCGCUGCAAAAUUAAGCUCCAAAACCUCUCUAGGGCCCACAGCGGAGGAGCAUACCGGUGCGAAAUUUCCAGCGAAGCUCCAGCAUUUCGUCUGGCCUCGGAAACGCAUAAUGUAACAGUUGCCGAAAUGGGCCUCACCGAAGAAGAUGAUUUUUCGAAGAAAAUCAGGGUCAUAUGCCAACUGCCUCAGAGUCCAAUCAGUGAAUACAUGUCGUUGUCUAUGGUCGUGUACCUACAGUUUCUGGGUCAGUUGAAUUUUGUAUGA